CUGCGUGGCUCGGCCGCCGGGCUGUGCGCAGCUGGGCGGGUUUUGCGCGUGAGACGGGCGCCGAGCCCGCCCAGUCUCGCCGUGCAGCGGGGCGGGCCACGUCCUCACCCGGCGUGCGAAGGGCUGUCCUGUCGGCCGGGCGUGGUGGCGCAGCGUCCGGGACGCGGAGCAGGCGGAUCGGAAGUUCCUGCGCAGCCUGGGAGAUUCGCGAGACCCUGUUUCGAAACAAAACAAAUCCAGUUACGCAGAGGCCUUGGGGCAGCCGUGCGCGGCGGCUGUGGCGCAGGCGCCCGUGCAGCAGACAAAAACCCGAGAGGGCGCGGAGAGCCGUGAUGGGCGCAGUAUCCGGUCUGCCAGUGUUGUGGCGUGUCCGCUUCAGAGUCUUACCUAGGUCGUCAGACGUCGCCCGUUCUCACGGUACUGUGAGCCCUUCUCCUCUGCGCUGCAUCCUCCACGCGGUUUGCGGCUGGAUGAACUACCGUGCGUCCCUCGAGCUGGGCAGUGGCAGCGAGCUGCAGAUGUCAAGAUCUUUGGCGCUUCCUUCCUGUUCAGUCUCAGGGUCCCGUGUGUGUCUGUUCUGUGCUGUAAGAGCCUCACUGAGCUCUGGAGAAGUAAAAGCUGUACCUCAUGUACUCACGAUUGUAGCACAAAGUUAUAGGUUAUUUUUCACAAAUAAAACAUGAAUUAGUAAAAUAUAACCAGAACUUACUAGAUUUCACUAGAAAUAAACACCAAAGAAUACAAUGUUCUAAAUAAAAAGGUAUGUAAAAAAAUAGCUGAUGUAAAACAAAUAAAGACGUGCAAGUGUAUCGUGUGCAAA